AUUACCCAUCUCGAGGGGCUGAAAAGAGGAUACUGUAGCUUGGGUGCUAAUUUUGACUCAAGGCAGAACUGAAGACAUGGGCUCCGUUUCUAACCAGGAAUUCCCAGGAGUGUGUAAGACCGAGGAGGACGAGGGACCGAGCGCCGAAGAGGAUUCGCCGUCUCUGCACGGGGUCGGGGUGUGUAAAUGGUUCAACGUCCGCAUGGGCUUCGGGUUCCUGUCCAUGAACGACCGAGAGGGAGUGCCACUGGACGAGCCGGUCGAUGUGUUCGUCCACCAGAGCAAGUUGCACAUGGAAGGCUUCCGCAGCCUGAAGGAAGGCGAGGCGGUCGAGUUUACCUUCAAGAAGUCAUCGAAGGGCUUGGAGUCGCAGCGAGUUACUGGACCAGGUGGCGUCUACUGUGUGGGAAGUGAAAGGAGGCCCAAAGGCAAGAAGGUCCAGAAGCGACGUUCUAAGGGAGACAGGUGCUACAACUGCGGAGGCCUAGACCACCACGCCAAAGAGUGCAAGCUACCGCCUCAGCCCAAGAAGUGCCAUUUCUGCCAGAGCAUCGACCACAUGGUUGCCAACUGCCCAAUCAAAGCACAACAGUCCUCACCGGGUUCUCAGGGAAAACCGUCCCCCUCGAAAGGCGACGAGAAGGAGCACAGCCACUCGACACCGCCUCCUGAGACCUCUGAUUAG